AUGGCUUCGACGCAUUAUCCAACGGCUCAGAGAUAUUCAACAAAUGACCCUCCACGACUACCGUCAAUCCGCGAGCUCAACUUUGCAUACCCGCAGGAACAGCAGCAACGGCAGCUACAGGCCCAGCAGCUAGCCCAGCAACAACUUCAGGCACAGCCAGGAGUCGUAGGGCACCAACACCCGCACCAACAGCAGCAGCAGCAGCAACAGCAACAACAGUCCUGGGGAGCUCCAGCGACACGGACGCAUAGUCACCAGCACCAACAGCACACGCCACCGCAGGAUGCUCUCCCACCAAAACGCGACAAUGCAGGCUAUGUGCACCCAGGGAUACCUUUGUCGGCCCAGAUUCAACAAAACGAAACGCCUCGUUCACCUGCUCAAACGAAAAGACCAAGAAUAGCUAGGAACUAUCCACCACAGUACGCUUCCUAUCCUCAACAAAACCAGCAGCAACAGCAGCAACAACAACAUCACCAACAGCACCAGCAACACCAGCAGCAACAGACAGUCCAACAACACCAGCAGCAACAACCGCAGCCGCAACAGCAACAGCAGCCUCCGCCUCCACCGCCGCCGAGCUCUGCCCCGCAGGUAGCUCACCAGCCUGUCCCCGUAUCGAGUUAUGCAGCCGCGUACCAGCAGUAUUUGCAACCACUGAGGCCGUCUGCAAACAAUGCUGCGUCGAACCCGUAUCCUUCUCCUGGGCCUCCUUCUGCACCUCCUCCACCACAGGGACACUGGAAUCCUCAGCAGCAUGGGCAACAAGGCCAACAAAUGGGAGGGCCUUCACAAAAUUUGCCUCCUCCAGGGCCACCACCUCCACCACAGCCUGGGAGUAGCGCGCUUCACCAGCAUCAGCAGCAUAUGAACCAUCAUCAUCCGCAUCAAGGACAGCCUCCCCAACACCCGCCCCCGCCGCCCCAGCAUCACCCACACCCGACUCAUCACCCGCUUCACCAACCACCUGUCCAUCAUCAGCAACACCAUCACCACCAGCAACAACACCACAACCACCAACACCAGGGCCAGGGCCAGGCCCAGCCGCCCCCGCCGACCUUUGCUAGUCGCACGACGCCUUUGAUCCCGACAAGCGUUGACGCGAAUAGGCAUCCCCCUCAUCACCAUCAGCCUCUGCACCAAUCAUUACCCCCACCGACCUCCCAUCCUCCACCAGCUUCCCAUCCACCUCCACCGCCGCCGCCUGCUUCGUCCUCUCUCCCGCCCCCUCCACCUUUACCUUCAUCGAGCCAUCAUCAUCCUUCCUCGUCUUCUCAUUCACAUCCAUCACAUACUCCGCACCCUGCGGCCCAACAGAGUAUACCCCCGCCUCCUCCAUCAAAUAUCCCUCCUCCGCCGAGUGCAACGCAACAUGCGCAUUUGUAUCAUCCUCCGCCGACACCUGCAAGCGCGACCGUGAAUCUUGCAGAACCGGAACGCGGCGCGACUCUCUCAGAGAUCUAUAAACAAUGUACGGCUUUAUAUGCGUUUGCGAAUCGAUACGCGCAUCUGCAGCAAACGGUGCCCCACACACAGCAUGCCGAACCUAAUCCUAGCGAACUCUCAGAGAUGUCACAGAGAGCGAGGACAGUGGUAAAGUUGCUAGAAGACUUCAAGAGGCUGAACGGUCUGGGUGGUCCUACUCCGGGCCAGAUACCAACACCGAUUCCUUCAAUGAUACCACCUCCCCCUCAUGCCCAGUUAUCCCCACACCACACUCUAAAUCAACUCAGCACUCAGGGACCAGGGCAGACUGGAGGUCAGACUUCUCCGGAUGAUGUUCGGCCACCCAAACGCCCUUGGGAAGAUAUGUCGCAGGAUAACGGGCCUGGCGAAGGCUCCGUUGAUGACUAUGGAGGAACUUCGACUUCGAAUGAUAAAGGUGCUAACAACGUCAAUGGGGGCGGUGCGAUCAACGGUGCUGCAGGUGGAGUUUUGCAGCCGCCUACGCCCGCGCCUACAGGCACAACGACGGCUGAACAAGACAUGGAGAUGAUUAGGACCAAGAGGGCGACCAGCACUGCGGCUGCAGCUGCCUCGGCUGCUUCUGGAGCUGGCGGUGCGGGAGGUGCUGGGACGAAGAGUAAAUAUCGGAAGAGGAGCCGCGCUACCCCUCCUGGCAAGUGUCACUCGUGUAAUAUUCGGGAGACUCCCGAGUGGAGAAGAGGUCCUGAUGGAGCGAGGACGCUAUGCAAUGCUUGUGGCCUUCAUUAUGCCAAGAUGAUGCGGAGGAAGAACAAGAAUGGGGAGAGUGGUGCCGACAUCGAUAUGGAUACGCUGCGAGCAAGCGCACGAGCUGCCGAGAAUGCGGCGAAUGCCUCUGCCAGCGCUAACACGAGUUCGAACGACAACCAGCCUGGCUCUUCGAGCUCAGGAAAUGCGAACAACAACAACCAGACGACUAAUUAUACUAAUGGAACAAGCGCAUCAGUGCAUUCGACUCCCGUUAUGAAUGGGAUUGGGAUUGAUGGGAAGCCGAGGAGCAAGUUGGGUAAAGGAGCGGUGGAUUCAAUGGUCGUCGAUAUUUCUGGUCCUGGUGUUGGAGGAGGAGUUGCACCUGUGCAGACGCAUCAUACAGGGGCAUUUUUGGUGCAGAUGAUUUCAGCCCCGCCGCCUCCGCUGCCACCACAAUCUUCAUCGUCUUCUGGCGACAACAAUAACAGUGGACCGGGGCCGAUGAAUAUUGACGCGCCGUCGCAGCCCGCCUCGUCCUCGUCGAACAGCGAAAAUCACCAACAAAACCAGUCUCAUACUUCUGCACCACCCCCACCGCCGUCACAAAAUUCGAAUAUACCCCCUCCUACAACAGCCGUUGGAAGUGUGAAUCUAGGAGGAAGAGCAGGCCAGCAGGUUACGGCCACGAGUUAUCACUCGAUAAUGAACGGACAUCAUCAUCACCAGCAGCAACAGCAACACAUCCCACCUCCGACGACUGCUUCGAGUGUUAAUUCGAGAAAUUCCGGGAGUGGAAAUCAGGGCCACGGGGGUCCUCAGCAAUCGCCGUGGAUGUCGAGCGUGCAGAUCCCGCCUCCGCCGACUAGCACUUCGAGUUCGUCAAGUCAACAGCAACACCGGACGAGUUCCAAUAACAACAAUAAUCAUCGAUUACAGCAGCAGCAGCAGCAACAGCAAACAAAUACUCCACGACCAUCUUCACUUCAUCCGCCACCUACGAGAGCCUAUGCCCCUACUCCGGAUCAUGUCCAACAUGCUUCAUAUCUUCAUCAUAGAAAUGGUGGUAGUGGAUCUACGAGCACCGUUCAGCAGAUGCAGCAACCAAUACAGUUGCAUCCUCCACCGACUACUGCGUCCACUCACGGACAUCAUUCUAGCUUCUUGGCCCGUCAUCGGUGA